CCUGGAUUAAGAAAAUAUUACAGACCAAGCUGUGCAUCCUUGUGCUUAUGUCUUUUCUGUGGUAGAGCGUUUAAUUUAAUUUCUGGAUUGUAAAUUUUACUUUUCUUGCUUUAUUAUUUAUCAAAAUUAUGUCCACUGCACAAACUACAAAAAAUUGCAUUACACUACGUGGUUCAGCGCAAAUUAUUGUUGAAUAUUUAAAAUAUGGCAUUAAUUCUAUUCUAUUUCAACGUGGAAUCUAUCCACCAGAGACUUUUGAGAAUACCCAACAAUAUGGCAUAACUAUUCUGAUGUCGAAGGAUAAAAAGAUUGAAGACUUCUUGGCAAAUGUAUUGCAACAAACUGAAGAGUGGCUUGCCAAGAAUAUGAUUGAGAAAAUUUCAAUGAUUAUAACAAAUGCACACACUAAAGAAGUAUUGGAGUGUUGGGACUUCAAAAUGCAGGCGGAGUUGGGCGAUGGUGAUACGAGCAAUUCCACAAAACUCACUUCCAGCAAGGAACUGAAACGUAUACAAAACGAAAUACGUGAUGUUAUGCGACAGAUAUCGGCAACUGUCAGUUAUUUGCCGUUGCUCGAUUGCAUUUGUACUUUCGAUGUGAUGUUAUACACGCUGCAGAAUUGCGAGAUUCCCGAAAAGUGGGAUGAAACCGGCGCUGUAUUUAUACAAAAUGCGCAGGCUGUACAGCUUCGUUCUUUCUCAACUGGACUGCAUAAAGUGGAUACGGUUGUUAAUUACAAGAUGUCUUCUUAAUUUGUUUUAAUUGUGGCGAAACACCCCUUGUUUUUUAUGCUGUAAUUUAUAAAACGCGUGUCGACGCUUUUGUAACUUAGGGUCACUUUAACUUAGAUCAUGAAAACCAGCUAACUCGAACGUUAAAACUACAGUCAAAUUCAAUCGUGACUAAAAAAUUGGCUUUUAAAUGUGCUGUCUCCCUUUAUGUAAGCAUUUCUAAAUAAAGAAUUAAAUUUCAAUAGG